AUGACAUUGACUGCAACAUUUUUAACUGAACGUACAAUUCUUUCCUCACAGAAUGAUGAUGUCAGUGCUAUCAAUACUGCAGCAUUGAAUAUUUUUCCGGAUCCUCCUAGGCUACCAGCUUUUAACGUAGAGUUUAAAGUGGGUUGUCCUAUAAUGUUGUUAAGAAAUAUUGCAUCAAAAGAUGGACUGUGCAAUGGCACAAAAUUGAUGGUUUCUAGAUGCAAUACUCGCAUAAUUGAAGCUCAAAUUUUAACUGGAGAAAAAUGUGGCAAUUUGGUAUUCAUACCAAGGAUAUCCUUGACAUCGUCUUCUUCAGAAAUGCCUUUCCGAAUGACAAGACGUCAAUUUCCAGUUCGAUUGGCAUAUGCCCUGACCAUUAAUAAAUCUCAAGGGCAAUCUGUGAAAUUUGUUGGAGUUGAUUUGCGCACACCAGUGUUUAGUCAUGGGCAAGUGUAUGUGGCCCUAUCUAGAUGCACAUCUUUUGAUCGUAUAAGUGUCCUCCUUCCCAAUGAUAAGCCAGAUUCUACUACAAACAUUGUUUAUACUGAAAUUUUGUUAUAG